AUGAGUUGCCGAAUGCCGCCAGUCGCUUCUGAGUACCUUGAUGUACUUGAUAAGAAGCGAAUUUACAAGUUGCAUUUGAAGACUCUCAAAGAAAUGCGCCCAACUUUACAACAAACAAAACCAAAUGUUGCACCACGCGUUCUUAACAUGAUUCAGAGACGUCAAUCGAAUAUAGAAAGAAUUAAAAAGACUAAUGAAGAGCGAAUGGAAAUGCUCAGACAAUAUUAUGGUGAUGUUCAAAUUUCAAAUUCAACACACAAGGAACAGAGAAAUACGGACUGGUUGAAAGAAUUAAAGGAUCAAGAUACAAAGCUAACACCAGUAAAUUAUUUGCGUCCAGCAACACAAUCUUCAAUGAUUCAACCUCAUAAACAAAGCACAUUGUAUAAUGAUGAUGGCUUGACAGUUACAGACACAGAAGGAUAUAAAGCUCCUUCAAAGAAAUCCGCAAAUAGUAAUCAACCAAAGAAACCAAUGUCUGCUGUUCUUAAAAGACCAAUUAAGACUGCUUCUCAAAAGAAUAGACCUACUAAUACCGAAGGAGGAUCAAAGCUUCCGAAAUUACACAACGAUAAGAAAGAUCAAAAACCAGUCGAAGAAGAACACCACGAAGAAGAAAUUUUCGAACAAGAACCACCAAAGAAGGAACCUGAAAAUGAAAAUCUCGAAGAACCAGAAAAUGAAUCCGAAAAACCAAAAGAAUCUGAACAAGUUACAAAUCCUGAACCAGAGAAAAUCAGGUUCAAGGAAGCAGUUCAGGAGAAACUCAAUCCGGAAGAAAACAAAGAAAAUGACGAAUUUAAUAUCGACGAUGAACAACCAGAGGAAAAGAAGAAAGAAAAUCCUCAGCCACCAGCAGAAGAGGCCAAGGAAGAGCCAAAGAACGAUGAAAACGAUGAUUUCACUCUUGAUGAUAACGAUAAUGAGGAAAAGAAGCCAGAGCUUAGCCUCAAAGCCGAGGUUGCUGAAGCCCUUGAAGAUAACAAGGACGAAGAGAAGCCAAAGGAAGAAGAAAACAAUGAUUUCGAAGAUGAGCCUAAAGAAAAGGAAGUUUCUCUUAGUCUCAAGGCCGAAGUUGCUGAAGCUCUUGAAGACAACAAGAAAGAGGAAGAAAAGAAGGAAGAAAACAACGAUUUCGAACUUGAUGAACCUGAAAUUGAACCAAAGGAAGAAGAGAAGCCAAAGGAAGAACCGCAGCCAUCUCUCAGCAUCAAAGCAGAAGUUUCAGAAGCCCUUGAAAAAGAAAAGAAAGAUGAUGAAGACGAUUUCGAAGAAAAUAAGCCAAACGAAGAAGAGAAACCUAAAGAGGAAGAAAAGAAAGACGAUGUCGACCUCAAAGAUGCUUUUCUUGAUGGUUUUAAUGAUGAUAAUGAUAAGAAAGAUGAAGAACCAAAGAAAGACGAAGUUGAUCUCAAAGAUGCACUCAAAGAUGGCUUCGAUGAUGACAACAAAGAAGAAGAGAAGCCUAAAGAGGAUGAAAAGAAAGAUGAUGAUUUCGAUUUCGACGACGAUAAAGAAAACAAAGACGAAGAUAAGCCAAAAGAGGAAGAAAAAACAAAGGAAGACGAACUUGAUAUCAAAGGUGCAGUCUUAGAUGAUUUAGGUGGCAAAGAAGAAGAAAAACCAAAAGAAGAAGAAAAAGAAGACGAACUUGAUAUCAAAGAAUCUGUCUUAGAUGGUUUGGAUACUAAAGAAGAAGAGAAGAAGAUCGAAAACGUUGAUCUUAAGAAUACAUUAUUAAAUGGAUUUGAAAAACCUAAAGAAGAAGAACCAAAGAAAGAAGAAGAGAAAGAUUUAUUAGAUGCUUUGGCAUAUGAAUUAGAAGACAAGAAAUCGGAAGAAAAAGAAGAGAAAAACGACAUCAAACAAGCAAUUGCAAAUGCUGUAGAGCCAAUGGAUGAUAAACAAGAAGACAAGAAAGACAAAGAUGAAGAAGAUCUUAAGAAUGCUUUGGCAGAUGCAUUUGACAAUGAUGACAAAGAAAAACCUGAAGAAAAGAAAGAUUUAGAUUUAACAGAUGCUAUUUCAAAUGUUUUGGCCAAACCAAAAGAAGAAAAUACAGAAGAAGAAAAACCAAAACAAGAAGAACAAAAACCAGCAUUAAGUAUCAAAGCAGAAGUCGCUGAAGCAUUGACAGAAAAGAAAGAAGAUGAAUUAGAUCUAAAUGAAGAUCCAUUUGACCAAAUUCCUGAUUUAGAUGAAAAAUCUCCGAAGAAGGAGGAACAUGGUUUAGAUAUUUCUGGUGCAAUAUCAAACACAAUCAAACCAGAAUCAGAAUCUCCUAAGAAAGAAGAAGCGAAAGAUGAAGAAACAAAAAGUGACACAAAAGAGGAAGUAAAAAGUGACAAAUCAGAAGAAAAACUGAAAGAAGAAAGUAAAGGAUUAUUUGGUGAAAUUGCAAACGUUUUGACAGCAUCAUCUGACAAACCAAAGGAAGAACAAAAAGAAGAACCGAAGAAGGAAGAAGAAAAGAAAGAUGAUGAAGAAUUCGAUCUCGGAAAUCUUGAAAAUCCAUUUGGAGAUGAUCCAAUGGAUGAUGACGACAAACCAAAGGAACAACCUAAAGAAGAAGCUAAACCAUUAUCAAUUGGUGGUGCUUUAUCUCACGCACUCACAGCAAAUGGAAAAGAUGAUACAGAAGAAGAACCAAAGAAAGAAGAAGAGAAACCAAAGGAAGAAGAAAAAAUACAAGAAAGUGAACCAAAAAGUGACACAAAAGAGGAAGUAAAAAGUGACAAACCAGAAGAGAGAUCACUUUCCAUUGGUAAUGCAAUAAAUGAAACACUUCAAGAUGAAAAGAAAGAAGAAGAAAAACCUAAAGAAGUUGAACAACAAAAAGUCGAAGAAGACAAACCAAAGGAAGAAGCUAAACCAUUAUCCAUCGGUGGAGCUCUCUCUAAUGCAUUAACAGCCAAUGGAAAAGAUGAUACAGAAGAACCAAAGAAGGAAGAAGAAAAACCAAAGGAAGAAGCCAAAGAAAAUGAAGUUAAACCAGAGGAAACUCAGAAGAAAGAAGAGGAAGAAAAACCUAAAGUCGAAGAAGACAAACCAAAGGAAGAAGCUAAGCCAUUAUCUAUUGGUGGAGCAUUAUCAAAUGCAUUAACAGCCAAUGGAAAGGAUGACACAGAAGAACCAAAGAAAGAAGAAGAAAAGCCAAAAGAUGAAGUCAAAGAAGAAGUUAAAGAAGCAGAAAAAUCCGGAUUAAAUAUUGCUGAAUCAAUUAAGGAUCAAGCUAAAGAAGAAAAAGCCAAAGUAGAAGAAGAGGCGAAGAAGGAAGUUAAGUUAAAUAUUCCUGCAAAAACAGAACAACAAACUAAAUUAGGAGAUUCGCAAAAAGUCAUGGAAUCUAAAUCAGCAAUGAGAUUGACAACUUCCAAGAUUGAUGCAGACAAACCACAGCCAUCAACACCUAAGUCAGGUGUUAAACCAAAUGCUUCUUAUAACCAAGGUGCAUUCAACAACAUCUUUGGAGCUUCAAGGCGCGAAGAAGACAAGAAGAAAGAAGAAUUAAUUAAAAAUGUUUUGAAUCCUCAAAAGAAAGAAGAAGUUAAAUUCAAUAACAUCUUCAAGUCUCCAAGUAAAGAAGAGCCAAAGAAGAUGUCAUUCUUCUCUUCUCCACAAAAUAAACCACAGGACAACCAGCCACCGUGGACAAAACAACAGACAAUGGGAAGUUUCAAAGAUCAAACUAAACCUUCUAAAAAUUCUGGUGCCAUCAAUUUCUUCUUCAAUAACCAAAAGAAGAUGCAAGAAACAGCUGCUUCUUCCAAACCUUUGUUUGAAACAAAGAAAGAAGAGCCUCCAAAGCCUGUAGAAGGUCCAGCAAGUACUUUAUUUGGUGGCGUAAUGGCUGAUUAUUUAAGUAAGAAGAGAUACUUCUAA